AAAAUUUUAAAAUUUUUUAAAUUUUUUAUUAAUGAAGGAAUUUUAAGAGCUGAAAAUGAGCGUUUUGUGAUAUCAUCUCCUAUAAUACAUUCCUUUAUUUUGCAGUAUAUAAUGCCUAAUGUCUUUAAGAAUUGUCCUUUAAAAAACCCUCCACUUCAUGAUAACGGAUCAAUUGAUAUUUUCAGACUUUUAAAGGAAGCUAUUAACACUCUUGACAAAAAUUAUAUAAGAUCAACAGCUUUUUCUAAUAACAAGGUAGCACAAGUGACCGUUGAAAGCCAAAGUAAUGUAUUAGUUCCUCAUGAGAAUUUAUACCAACAAGAGCUAUCCAUUAUCCUAACAAAUUGGCUUGAAAAGUGGAAUGUCAUAAGCCAAAAUCAUGGUUAUAAUUUGGUGAUAACGGCACCUGAGAGACCAACAGCGGUAAUUGGAAUCGCAGCUACAAAAACUUCGAAAGAAAUAAAUGAAUAUUUCGACCAGACCCUAACCUAUGCACACUCACUUAAACCAGAAUUCGACGUUCGUGAUAUUUGGGUAAUCCAUUUCACUUGCCAGGACUUAACCAACAAAUGUCCUCAUUGGCCUACAAAAGAGCAAGAGGCAGCAGGUCUUAAUACUAUACAUAUAUGGCAUAAUCUCAAAUUCACAAAAGUAAAGAUAAAUGCGCGUUGGAAAGGAAUUAAUGGUACGCAAGAGAUUAUAGAAGAAGAUAUUAAGUUGUCUUGAUAUGUGGUUCGAUUCAAGUUCGGUAGGUAGUAGUAUAGGAUAUUGUGAGUGGAUUUUCCUAAG